AUGGCAUUUGAUACAUCGGAGGACACAUAUCGUUAUUACUUAAGAUAUGCUAGAGAAAAAAGAUUUGCUAUUGCAAAAGGAUCAUCAAGAAAGGGAAGUGAUGGAAACUUGAGGCAUAUAGGGUUUGAAUGUUGUCAUGCUGGAAAUGUAAGGGUGAGAACAAGCAACCCGGUCAAACCACGGUCACAAACAAAAAUUGAUUUUCCAGCUUAUGUUACUGUUGGGAUACACCCAGAUGGAAAGUGGAGGUUAAACACUGUUGUUUUGAAGCACAAUCAUGAACAGAGCCCGGGAAAGGCAAGGUAUUUCAAGUGCAAUAGGGUACUGGAUGAACAUGUAAAAAGAAAGCUUGAAUUGAAUGAUAAAGCCGAGAUCAAAGUGUACAAGACUUAUGACUCACUUCAGAUUGAGGCAGGAGGAGAUGCUGAAGUGAUGCAUCGUUAUUUCAUGAGAAUGAAAGCCAACAAUUCUGACUUCUUUUUUGCAAUGGAUUUGAAUGAAAAGGGUCGAUUAAGGAAUGUAUUUUGGGCUAAUGCAAAGAGUAGGGCAGUUUGCAAGGAGUUAGGAUGCAAGCUCAUCUCUCAUGAAGACACAGAGUCAUUUUCGUGGUUAUUUGAGACUUGGAGGACGUGCAUGUGGGGUUGUGCUCCGAAAGCAAUGAUUACUGACCAAUGCAUGGCCAUGAAGAAUGCUUUAGAAAAUGAUUGUCAUCUACACAAAGAAGUGAGUAUAAAUUCAUAUUUUGAUGGUUACAUUCAUUCAAAGACGACCUUGAAACAAUUUGUAAAGCAGUAUGAAAAUGCAUUGGCGAAUAAGGUGGAGAGUGAAAGCCAAGAAGAUGUGAAAAAUUGGCACACUUAUAUCCUUCUAAAAAAAGAAAGCGUGUCCGAAUAUGAGGUGAAAGAGUGGGUUACAUAUGGAGAAGGAAAAAAGAGAAGGAGAUUUCAAGUGUCAUUUGUUGUUGAUCUUAAUUCAGAAACUAAUGCAGCACAUUGUAAUUGUCGAUCGUUUGAGUUCAGAAGAAUGAUUUGUAGACAUCAACUGACGCUGUGGUGUCAAAUGGGAGUUGAAAGAGUGCCUGACAAGUAUAUCUUCAGAAGAUGGUGCAAAAAUGUGAAGAGGGUCUAUAUUAAAAUUCGGAUCAGUUACGAUAAAUACUAA